GGUCAGGGGAUGAGGCACAGAUGGGGCAGGCAGGCUGCAGAUCAACAGUGAUGGGGCAGAGUGACUGGGUGGGGCUCCAGGCUGUUUAUCACGCCCAGGGGAUCAGUGACCCAGCACCCCCUGCUCCCCUCUCUCUGGUUCCUGUCCCUGUGGGGAGCCGGGAUGGACGACAUCUUCACGCAGUGCCGGGAGGGCAACGCCGUGGCCGUGCGCCUCUGGCUGGACAACACUGAGAACGACCUGAACCAGGGGGACGACCACGGGUUCAGCCCCCUGCACUGGGCCUGCCGUGAGGGCCGCUCCACCGUGGUGGACAUGCUCAUCAUGCGGGGCGCCCGCAUCAACGUCAUGAACCGCGGCGACGACACCCCGCUGCAUCUGGCAGCCAGCCACGGGCACCGGGACAUUGUGCAGAAGCUGAUCCAGUUCAAGGCAGACAUCAACGCAGUAAACGAGCAUGGGAACACGCCGCUGCACUACGCCUGCUUCUGGGGGCAUGACCAGGUGGCCGAGGACCUGGUGAGCAGCGGGGCCCUCGUCAGCAUCUCCAACAAAUAUGGCGAGAUGCCUGUGGAUAAGGCCAAGGUACCACUGCGUGAACUGCUGAAAGAGCGUGCAGAGAAGCUGGGCCAGAACCUGACCAAGAUCCCCUACAAGGACACCUUCUGGAAGGGCACCACCCGCACGCGGCCCCGAAACGGGACCCUGAACAAACUGGCAGGCAUAGACUUCAAGCAGCUGAGCCUGGGUCACAAACUCAACGAGAACCAGUCAGGAGAGCUGUGGAAGGGGCGCUGGCAGGGCAAUGACAUCGUUAUCAAAGUGAUGAAAAUUCGGGACUGGACAACGCGGAAAAGCCGAGACUUCAAUGAGGAGCAUCCCAAGCUCCGGAUCUUCUCACACCCCAAUGUUCUGCCGGUGCUGGGGGCCUGCCAGUCGCCCCCCGCCCCCCACCCCAUCAUCAUCACGCACUGGAUGCCCUACGGCUCCCUCUACAAUGUCUUACACGAGGGGACGAACUUUGUGGUGGAUCAGAUGCAAGCAGUGAAGUUUGCUCUGGACAUUGCCCGGGGCAUGGCCUUCCUGCACACGCUGGAGCCCCUCAUCCCACGCCACAAUCUCAACAGCCGCAGCAUCAUGAUUGACGAGGACAUGACAGCGCGUAUCAGCAUGGCUGAUGUGAAGUUCUCCUUCCAGUGCCCAGGCAGGAUGUAUGCCCCAGCCUGGGUGGCGCCUGAGGCACUGCAGAAGAAGCCUGAGGACAUCAACCGGCGCUCGGCUGACAUGUGGAGCUUUGCGGUGCUGCUGUGGGAGCUGGUGACGCGUGAGGUGCCCUUCGCAGACCUGUCCAACAUGGAGAUUGGCAUGAAGGUGGCCCUGGAGGGGCUGCGCCCGACCAUCCCGCCUGGCAUCUCCCCCCACAUCUGCAAGCUGAUGAAGAUCUGUAUGAAUGAGGACCCUGCGAAACGGCCCAAAUUCGACAUGAUCGUCCCCAUUCUGGAGAAGAUGCAGGAGAAAUAGGGGCCAGGCCCCCUGCUGCUUGCUGCUGCCCCCUCCAAGUGCCUUCAGGAGGUGCCCCGCCCUUCCCAGCAGGCGGUGCUGGUGCUUUCCCAGACCCCGCAACCUGAGCCGGCCACAGACCCAUGGUACGGAUGGUGCUAUCUCCCCUGGAGCUACCCUGCAAGCUUCCUGCUCCAGACACCAACCCUGAGGCUUCCAGGACCCACUGCACAGCAGCCACCUCCAUCCUCCCCCACAGCUGUGGGUACAGGCUGGCCCUAAGGCCUGGCCUGAGCCAGCACCUGCUAAGGGGUGAGGGUGGCUUUUACUAGCCGCAGGGCUAGGGUCAGGCCUUGGAGCCACCCAGCACCUUAUGCCUCUCCUCGCUCUCACGGGCCCAGAACGAUGCCCCACCCCUCUUUAUAUUAUAUAUAAAUUACCCCUGUCCCAGUGGUCUCCCCCUAGGACAGGGCCUCACUUGUCUGCCUGCACCUAGUGCUGCUCUGGCUUUGUGCUUCACCUUUAAGUCAUUUCCAGCCAGGCCACACAGAAGAGCUGCCAGCAUCUGAAAUAAACAUUUGUUAUGAAAACUG